AUGGGCUGCCAACAUUGCUCGCCUGGGUAUGCCAUUCUGGACAGCGGUUGCGGCAAGACAAUUAUCGGGAGACAAACCUUGGAAGCUUUUCAGGAGAUCUGGAGAGAAGCCGGCAUUGAUGUGAAGCCGGAGGUGUUGGAGAAGAAUGUGUUCCGCUAUGGGAACGGACAUCAGGAAGUGAGCAACUCGGUGAUUGAGAUGCCUGUGUUUCUUGCCGGACGGCCCGGUCGCAUUCGAGCGGCUAUCGUCCGGGGGCAAGCCCCGUUGCUGCUGUCAAGACCGGCUCUCAAGACGCUUCAAGCCCGCGUGAAUUUUGUUGACGAUACAGUGCUUUUAUUUCCUGAGCAGGUGGCCGUUCCGAUGGAAGUCAAUUCAGCCGGACAGUAUGCCGUACGAGUGGUCGGAUUUCCACCGCAGGCGCCCGCUUUGUUCAAGCCCAGCGGUGAAGCCGCGUCCGAAGCAAAGCCAGAGCCUGUUUCGGCCAAUGUGGCCGAUGCGUUCACCACCGUUUUGGAGCAAGGCGGCGCCACUUUCAAGCUAACUGCGGCAGACGCCCAUUGGAGAGCUGUGUUGGAGCUCCAAGACAGCAAGGCACUUCGUUUAGCCUUGGAAAAACUACGAGAUCUCAAAUCGAAGAGUGUGCCAUAUCCGUCACGAGAAGUCCAAGAGCCGGAGGCAAGUGACACCUUCGCCAUGGACGAAAUCACAGUAUGUUCCGUCGAAGUUAUCAGAAACUGUGGUUUGACUGAUCAUCUUGAAGACUUGUCGUCCGCCGACCGUCGAGAACUUGCCGAUCGAUUCCUGAACGGGGACCCCAUUGAACAGCUCGUGGCCUCAUACAUGAAGAAGAAGUCCUCAAAGGAAUUAGCGGUUACCGGUAACCCACCAGAGCUUCAGAAGAAGAUCGACGAGGCAAAAGCACUCGAAUGGUGCACCAUCCAGGGGAAGCACGCCGGUAGAUUGGUCCUAGGACCUGAGGCCGAUCUCGUUCGAGAGAAAUUUCCGCAUCGAAUUAUGGGUAGUCGGUUUGUAGUGACCAUCAAGCAAGAGGAAGAUGCACCACCUCGGACCAAAGCCCGCUGGUGCUUACUUGGACACCUGGACCCAGACCUGACGGACAAGGCGCAGUUAGGUGACCUGCAGAGUCCGACUGGCGAGGGGGGAAUCCCCGGCGUUCCAGACAACGCCUUGAUAGAGAUCUUGGGUCAUGUCUACGGCUUGAAUGAUUCCCCAGCUGCAUGGUAUCGCAAGCUCAGUAGUGAACUCCUCCGAGUCGGGUUUGAACGUUCUCGGUUUGACAGUUGCCUGUUCUAUUUCCGAGAAGAUGGUAGAUUGACUGGAGUCUAUGGGGUCCAUGUCGAUGACUGCGUCACGGGGGGUUCCGGGAACGGGUACCACAAAGCCAUCCAAGAACUCAAAUCCACCUUUGAAUUCCGGAAGUGGCGCAUUGGGGAAGGGGACUUUUGUGGAGCUCAAUACUCUCAAGACCCCAAAUCCUAUGAGAUCACCAUGUCACAAGCAAAGUUUGCGCAGAAGAUACGUCCUUUGCAUCUUAGUAGAGAUAGGGCUAGAAACCGUGAUGCCGUUUUGACCGAAAAAGAAAUCAGUUGUCUGAGAGCCAUCAAUGGAAGCCUCAACUGGUUGGCAAACCAGUCCAGGCCGGACUUGGCGACUCAAGUGUCAUUUUCACAGCAGGCCUUUCCACAGCUAACCGUCGGAGACGCCAUCUCGGCGAACCACGCCGUGCGUCGAGCAAAACAACAUGCCGACCAAGGGCUGAAGUUUUGUUCUAUUUCUCCUGAUGACUUAGGUCUCAUGUGCCAUUCCGAUGCAGCUUUUGGAAACGCUCGUGCGGGAGCCACCCAAGGAGGGUUCAUUGUUAGCUACACACACCAGGGAGUAAACCAAGGCUUAGACAGUUCAUGGACACCAGGCUAUUGGAAGAGUUUUCGACUUCCCAGAGUUGUUAGUUCAACCCUCAGCGCAGAAGCACAGAGCAUGUCUGUGGCUUCCAGCAUGUUAGAGUGGACGUCGCUGCUUUUGUCGGAAGCGCUCGACGGUCCUCGUUUUGCUCGGAGCCUUUGGUCAGGGAUGGGGAACAGGGUAGUCAUGUUGAUCACGGACUGUAAAUCCUUGUACGAUCAUUUGGUUUCCCAGUCAUCCCCUACAUUAGACGACCGAAGGACAGCCAUAGAUAUUGUUAUUCUAAGGGAUAGUAUUGAGAGACUCAAAGCUGUUUUGCGUUGGAUUCCCACCAAUCGUAUGCUGGCCGAUGGCCUGACCAAGGAAAGCCCCGAAGCUUUCGACCUCCUUCGUUCUUGUUUAAGGACAGCAUCCUACCAGAUCAGUCCAGAAGACCUGGGAGCGGCAUUCACCAGUGCCGAGUUCGAUGAGGUUGUGCGUCUGACUACCAAAGCCCGUGAACACGGGGUAUGGGACUCAGUCAUGCAGCGCGUGUUGAGCAUCGAGAACCAGAAGGCCGAAGAAACAUCCAUCAGCACCCAGACUGGAGCCAUGACGGAUGGAAGCAAACGCCUCCGCGAGAGCGUUGAAGCCAGUCCCAAAGAGAUGUUUGGUUACACCGUCUCUCCGGCAACCCCGACACCGAUGCCUUCAGGAUCAACGACGUUUGAGACGCCGUGCUUGGAAGUGCACUUGCCUCCAGGCAUUCACAGUGUGGAUCACUGGGGCCGAUCAGUCGUGAGCUUCGGAAAAUUCAAAGGACAGAAAACAUAUGAGGAGCUCGCCACCGGGACAGACGAAGGCUUGGAAGGCUAUAGAGCCUUUUGCUUUUCCCACUUUAAAUCAGGGUCCGGCCCGCUGCGUGACCUCGUUGAAUUUUUCAAGGCACGUGGCUUGAACCCUUCUGACAAGCCAUGCAUUCCCGGCACACAAUUGCCAAGAACAUUUACAAAGAAUUCUUAA